AUGGAAAAUUAUAACAAGUUGGAGAAAAUUGGCGAAGGGACUUACGGAGUCGUCUACAAGGCGAUCAACGUCGUCACCAAGGAAAUUGUCGCACUCAAGAAAAUAAGGAUAGACGGAGAUUCUGAAGGUAUCCCGUCUACAUCGCUUCGUGAAAUCUCUUUACUUAAAGAGAUUAGGCAUGAUAAAAUUGUAGCUCUUUUAGAUAUCCUAUGUGGUGAAGAUAACAGUCUUUUUAUGUGUUUUGAAUACAUGGAUGAGGAUCUCAAAACUUUUAUGGAUGACAGGAAGAAAAAGCUCCCUUUGUGCCUUGUUAAAAGCUUCUUGUACCAGAUGCUUGAAGCAAUAGCGUAUUGCCAUUCAAAAGGCAUUGUUCACAGGGACCUAAAACCACAAAAUCUUCUAGUCAAUAAAAGAGGUUGUGUUAAAUUGGCCGAUUUUGGUUUGGCAAGGCAUUUUAGCGCUCCUCUUAGGCCUUACACACAUGAAAUAGUCACUCUGUGGUAUAGAGCACCUGAAAUCCUCCUCGGGACGAAGUGCUACACUGCUACUGUCGAUGUAUGGAGCCUUGGGUGUAUUUUCGCUGAACUGAUCACGCUAAAACCUCUUUUCCCGGGCGAUUCGGAAAUCGACCAGUUGUUUAGAAUAUUUCGGACGUUAGGUACACCCAAUGAAGAAGUCUGGCCUGGUGUGACCAAAUUGCCAGACUAUAAACCCCUUUUUCCUCAGUGGGAGUCACAAACAGUCGACGACUACGUAUGCCAGCUAGAUAAACUGCCUAAACAUCUUCUUGAGAGAUUAAUCACUUAUGAUCCAAGUAAGAGGAUAUCAGCCAAGAGAGCGCUGAAGCAUAAAUUUUUCAAAGAUGUACAACUAGUCUCUCCUACACUGUGAUUCGGAUUAAUGUACAAUAACAUUACUUUUACUAUUCUAUAUACAAAAAAAUGAUGUGCCUUGAUUGUCAAAAAUAAUGAUUUGAUUUCAUAUUAUAAAAUUUAAAUGUGAGACUGGUACGUGUAAGAAAAUUGUAUAUAUUUUUGUAAUAUACUGAAUUU